CGUUUCCUUGUCACGAGGAACAAAUGUGAUGUUUUGGUGUAGGUUUUCCGUUUGAGGCUAAUAUAAGGAACAUAGAUGAAAAUGCUUUAAAAAUGAAUAUCCUCUAACAAAUUUCACCCACAUUCAUCCAACACAGCCAGCAACAAAAUGGCUUGGAAAUACGAAACUCAGCAAAACGUCUUACGGGUUAAGAAUAUAAGUAUUGUAGUUUGCAUCUGUGUACAACUGCACCAAAACCAUGUAAUCCAAUCGGGCAAGUGUACCUAAUGGUGUGUCCAGCAUGUUACCACAUGAGAUGAGUCCCGACCAGGUCUGGCUUUGCAGUACAUCCAUUGGCCUCUAGGUGGUGCUGUUUCCUCCUAGUCGGCUUCUCUUUGUUUUUCCGCCUGUCACCCCUAGCCGCGAGCUCUAUCAGACGGCGCUUGGCCAUUUUUAAACGUUUUAAUGAUGGCGGAGGACAGCGAAUCCGCUGCCAGCCAACAAAGCUUGGAGCUGGACGACCAGGACACCUGCGGAAUAGACGGGGACAACGAGGAGGAGAAUGAGAAUACGCAAGGUAGUCCAUGUGGAGAUUUGGGGGCCAAGAGGAAGAAGAAGAAGCAGAAGAGGAAGAAAGAGAAACCUAGCUCUGGAGGAGCCAAGUCAGACUCUGCUUCUGAUUCUCAGGAAAUCAAGAAUCCUGGUUUGCCCAUCCAGAAGCUUCAGGACAUCCAAAGAGCCAUGGAGUUGCUGUCCUGUCAGGGCCCAGCUAAGAGCAUUGAUGAGGCAGCGAAGCACAAGUACCAGUUUUGGGACACGCAGCCAGUGCCCAAGUUAAAUGAGGUCGUGACGAGCCACGGCCCAAUCGAAGCUGACAAGGAGAAUAUUAGACAGGAGCCCUAUUCCUUACCUCAAGGCUUCAUGUGGGACACUCUGGAUCUCAGCAAUGCGGAUGUCCUGAAGGAACUGUACACGUUGUUAAAUGAGAACUACGUGGAGGACGACGAUAACAUGUUUAGAUUUGAUUAUUCACCAAACUUCCUCAAAUGGGCUUUACGUCCACCUGGUUGGUUACCUCAGUGGCACUGUGGGGUGCGAGUUUCUUCAAAUAAGAAGCUCGUUGGCUUCAUCAGUGCCAUUCCUGCAGAAAUACGCAUUUAUGACACGUUGAAGAGGAUGGUCGAAAUCAACUUUCUGUGUGUCCACAAGAAGCUGCGUUCAAAGCGAGUAGCGCCGGUACUCAUCAGAGAGAUAACGCGGCGGGUCAACCUUGAAGGAAUAUUUCAGGCGGUGUACACAGCGGGAGUCGUGCUACCUAAACCUGUGUCCACGUGCAGAUACUGGCAUCGCUCUUUGAACCCGAGAAAGCUUGUGGAGGUGAAAUUCUCCCACCUGAGCAGAAACAUGACCCUGCAAAGAACAAUGAAACUCUACAGACUACCAGAUAGCAUCAAAACUGCUGGGUUGCGGCCGAUGGAGAGGCAUGACAUCCGGCAGGUGACUGAGCUUCUGCAGAAGUACUUGAGACGUUUCCAGCUGGCGCCUUCGAUGAGCGAAGAGGAAGUGGCUCACUGGUUCCUACCACAGGAAAACAUCAUCGACACAUAUGUUGUAGAGGGUGCCGGUGGCGUCCUGACAGACUUUGCUAGUUUCUACACUCUGCCCUCCACCGUGAUGCAUCACCCCCUCCAUCGAAGCUUGAAGGCUGCAUACUCCUUUUACAAUGUUCACACACAAACGCCGCUACUGGACUUAAUGAAUGAUGCCCUCAUCCUCGCCAAACUGAAAGGCUUUGACGUCUUCAACGCUUUGGAUCUAAUGGAGAAUAAAGUCUUUCUGGAUAAGCUGAAAUUUGGUAUAGGUGAUGGAAAUCUGCAGUAUUACCUCUAUAACUGGAAGUGUCCCCCAAUGGACCCUGAUAAGGUCGGCCUCGUCCUUCAGUAGCCUGUGCCUUUGGGGCUGCUACACAAAAACACACACACACACACACACAAUGAGGAUGUUGACACAACCUCUGGCAGUUGUGACCCUGCACACACACACACACACACACACACACAGCUCAUCCAAGCAAGACUUUGAGAACGACAACCAACCUUGGUACUGGGUAGCCUUUGAAGCAAGGUUUCCUGGCACAUUUUUCUGGAGGGGGGGAACUGUUACAUCAACAUUCUGAAUGUGAACAUCAUGUUAUGCCUGAGAUGCUCCAAAACAGCUUGACUUUUGAAAGGAAGCAGUGUGGCAUGCACGAAGGAGUAUGCCUUUUGGUAGAGUAUGUCAAUCAAAACCAGUAAGUAUACAUGCGGUAUGUAAUUAUCUACUUUUCUAUUUUUGUUUAGCUUCUUGUAAAGAAGUUAUGUUGUCCCUGAAUACUACUGCACUUGAGCGGUGGAAAUGUUCUUAUUGCAAUGGCUGCUUGUGCAGUAUAUAUUAUUUCUUUGCUGGGUAUGUUGAAUUUUAUUAUGUUCUGGGUACAAUUAGACAUGAUGAGUAGUUUCAGGGAUGAUUUGUACCCGCUUGUCCAUUCAUGAAACCAACUGGUGCAUUGUCCUUUAUAUUUUAGAGAAAAAAGGUCAGAUGCCAUGAAACACUCAGUUUGAGACUUGUUUUGAUGAAGAAUGUAUUAAAUCAAUGAAGCACAAUUUUUGGGUUCCUUAAAAAAAAAAGGUCCUCAAGGUGGCCCCGUAUUUGAAAAGCCGCUACGGUACUUUUGAAGUGUGAAAGUGCGCUGCGACCGUGUUACAAUGCUGUGUCUUCCUUUUGUGGUUUGAGACAGUGUUUAGUCAGUUCCCUGCAGAGAAAAGAGCAUUUACUUCAUCAUUCCGAGAAUAAGCUGCCCCAGCAUGGCUGCAACGCUGGUUGAGAGCAUUUGUUUGUCGUUUUUCUAUUGCUCUUAUGAUUCCCUGUUCAAUGAUUCCUUACAGAUAGAAUUACUGAAAGUGUCUGGGGAAUGAUGCAUGCCUUCAGUGCUGCAGAGGUUUGAUAUUUGGGCUGUUUUUCCUGUCGUCGCAUUCAGGUCCCCUUUUAUUCAUUCUAGUUUCUUGUCAUACUGUGUCUUGUGUGUCUAAAAAAAAAAGUCUACUGUAGUUUUUUUUUCUUUGUGUCGUGCAGUUAAAUGCAUGGGAAAAGUUCUGAUAUUUCAAAUUACAAAUUCACCUUUAAAAAUCCAAACAGGCAACCAGAAAACUGUGAAAUUUCAUUUUAAAACACUCAUAUUUGAGAUGAUUUAUGUUAAAAAUGUGUGUUCAUGCUGCACCACUUAAGCUAAUGCUGUGUGCCUCCCUUUAUAAAGAAAAAAAAGCACAGUCUGCUUGUUUUUUUUUUAGGUUAAGUGAGCUGGAUUCAGCAACAAAGGUGAACUUUACCACUGACUGGUUGUGUCUCGAACAUUUUGCCUGCAUUUGUGUGAAUGUUGCGCAUGUUGCUGCUGUGAUUGUAGUCUCGAUGUUACUAGCUAUGCCCUUUAGUGACGACUCAACCCCCCCAAUACCUGCCUUAUUUGGAAGAUUUUUUUUCAGACUUUUGAGGCUUCGCCGGAAUGAAGGGGCGGGGUGUACUUUGGAGACGAAACAUACAGCUUUGUUAAACUGAAGAACAAUAUUUUUAUUCAAGUCCAUUGUAAGAUGCGAGAAAGAUUAAAGAACUUGUACCAGCAUCAUUUAGACCACAUGAGCCCAUGCAAAUGUCAAUCUGUUUCAACACACGCCGCCUAUACCAGCAUGGAUAUUUGAAUAAAUUCACUUCACAAAAUCAACAAGGAGCAUUUUUACAUUUAUUGUCCGUCACAGAAAAGCUAUGGUGUUGCUUGG